AUGGGAAAUCUUUUCACAAAUCCGUCGUCCAAGCUCGUCGGAAAAGUAAUUCUAUCGGACGGCAGAGUUCAUGAAUUCGAGACUCCCUUAACAGUGGCUGAGCUGAUGCUAGAACACCCACAACAAGUGGUGGUGGAGUUCAGCUCUAAUUUAUCUGAAAAGAGACCAACUCCAUUGCCAGCUGAUAAGAAGCUAGAAAUGAAGAAGGUGUACGUAAUGCUGCCCAUGAAGAGAGGAAAGCCAGCGUCAAUGUCUUCAGAGGAAGCUAGGCAAGUUCAUUCACUUUUAAGAUCGAGGUCUCUUUUAUCUUCAUGGCGGUUGCUGCCUUUGUUUUCUAGGAUUUGCCCUGCAGGAGGGAUUGAAGAGGGACAGACGAGGUUUGUUUCGGAGAGGAAUGAAAAUGAUGGGGAGGUAAUGUUGCCGGAGGUUAUGGAGAAUAACAGAGCUGAGUAUUUUAGCAGGCAAGUUUCAGGGAAAGGAUGGAAACCUAGCUUGGAUACCAUUAAGGAGAAGAAGGUGGAGAAAACGAUAUCUUACCGGUUGUUUAAUUUCCAAGCUAAAUUAAUUAAUUAGGCUGUGUGAUUUGUUAACGGAGUUUGUCAUAUUGUCCAUUAAUUGUUGCGAUUUGCAAACUAAGACAGGAGGAUAAAAAUAUACAUGUAUUAUUUG